AUGAAGAAUGAUCAAGCUGGAGACAGACCACGGGAUCCGCAGCACGUGUAUGCCAAUCCACUGGAGCCUACGGUUAGUCCAAUUCUCGCGUUAGGUGUUUACUGGAGUAUGCUCACAUUUGAUCAAGGCAAUGGCCGCCUUUUUCCUGGGGGAAGCCAAUACGAUCGUUUUCGCAAGCAAUUGGGGCGCACAUUCAACCAGGACGAUGUUUCGAAUGAACAUAAGAGAAGAGCGGUAAAACCGGAUGAAAUUGGCAGCACCCACUCCCUUCGCAAAGGGGCGGCCACUUUCGCUUCGUCUGGUUCAACUGCAUGUCCCUCGUCAACGACAGUGAACCUGCUAGCCGGUUGGUCGCUGGGAGGAGUUCAGAACACAUACUUACGAUACGAGGCUGCAGGAGAUAUGCACGUUGGAAGAACGGUGACCGGACUACCAACAGAUUCGCAUACAUUUGCAUGCUUGCCUCCGCAUUUUAGUUCCUGUGAUGAUCAAGUUGAGCAGGCAAUAUCCAUCGCGUUUCCGGGGUACCCGGGCAGCAAUCAUUAUAUCCUCGAGUACGCGUUGGCAUCGUUAGAUUACCACCGCGAAUAUCUGAAGAAAACGCUUCCAGCCUCACACGGCCUGUUCUGCACCCCGCUGUUCACCACGAACACAAUGCUUAAUAAGCUGGCGGAUCGUCUACAAGGAGGGACGCUACAACCUCAUCAUGAGAGUACGCUCAGACCAACUGGCGUCCCUCUUUAUGUUGCUAUCCUCUCCAACAUGGCGUCCUUAUAG